UUAAAAUUAGUGGAUUCAUGGAUACAUUUCAACUGUUCAGAUUUGCCGUGUAUUUGUUGAACCAUGCUUCCAAGCUUAAGCAAUUAGUCAUCCAGCGAUCGCCUUUCCGAUUCGAUACCAAAAAACAGCAUUCUCGACAUAAAGCACAGUGUCGAUCUAUCUAUAAAUGCCUUUCCGCCUUUUUCUAGAGAUGUAAAGUUGAUUGUCCGAUGAAACAUUCAUCAAUUUGUUUGUUCAUUUUAGCAUCUAUUCGGAGUUUAAUAAUCUAAAAGCUGCUGAAUAUUAGAUUAAUUUUGGAAUCAAAUCAUUAGAGUUUGAUCUCGGAUGGAACACUGUGUAAUUAUGUAUAAGUAUAAGUUAAAAUUAAAUGUUUUUUCUAUUUUGAGGUUUCCUAUUGUCUACAAGUGUUAGUAUUUGAAUUGGUAUCAAAUAUUAUUACACAGUGAGAGUUCUAUUCUCUCAAGGUUUCUUAUAUAUUUAGCUAUUUGCUGUCUCAAAAGCAAUCUAAUCUGUCCAUUAUUGGCAUAAUAAUGCGUCGCCGCAAAUCAUCGAAAACUUGUUCAACUUCAUCGAACAAGGAUGCAAGUGACUGUAACACAGCAAGAGAUCUUAUCAGUAACUUACCCGAUGAAAUUCUUAGUGACAUUCUCUCAAAAUUGCCACUGAGAGAAGCUGUAAGAACGAAUGUUCUAUCACAUAGAUGGAGGCAUGUUUCAGCAUUCCCAACUGAUCUAACGUUUGACCAGUUUAACAUGUUGGAUGACGAUGAUCAAGACCAUGAAAAACACUUUCAUACCUUCUAUGAAAACAGAUUUAUAAGAAGAGUUGAUAAGUUUCUAGAAUUCUUCAAGGGAACAAAGAUAAGCAAUAUUAAGCUAUGCUAUUGUCUUGGUUAUAAUCGCACAAAUGAUAUAAAUCGAUGGGUCAGGUUUGCAGUGCAAAGAGGUGCUGAAAAUCUGUAUCUUGGAUUACAAUGUAAGAAACACCGUCCCCUACCUUUUCCUAACACCGCAAAACAGAAGUAUGUGUUAGAGGAAGACAUAUUUGAGGGUAGUAGACAGAUUAAUGUAAAGCAUUUGCACUUGCUUGGUUGCUGCAUAGGAAAAAGCAUAAGCCGGCAAUUUAGUUGCUUGGAGACUCUCGUCAUGGAAUAUUCACCUCUAGCCCGAUAUGAUCUGCACAGCAUGUUUUCUUGUUUGCCGAAUCUCAGAAAUCUGGCGUUCAAACAGUGUGACCUUCCUGCCAUGUUGUGCUUUGCUUCUUUACUUGCUCUGAGGGAACUUCAAUUCAUACAAUGUUUCGGAAUCAAAAGUAUCAAACUGUCUAAUGACAAGCUUAAGAGUCUUGCAUGUAUGAGUUGUGAUGGCCUAAAAUUGAAUUUCCUUAGGGCUCCUGUGUUGAAUACCUUGAUCUAUUUUGGUAACAACACUGUACAAAUGCUCCAAAUUGCUUCUCGACUUCAACAAUUAUCCGAACAUGUCAUCAAGGUGACGAAUAUCCACAUUCGAUCUGAAAUUUACUGGGGUAAUUUCUUGCCGUUGCCAGAAAGGAUGCUUAUCUUCAGUAGUGUGUUACAUUUAAAGCUCGAGCUAAUGCGUAAAAUGAAAUUCGACAUACAGAAGAUGAUUUCCGUUCUUAGAGCCUGUCCUCAUUUGAGAGGAUUGAAUUUAGCGUUUCAUUGCAUAAAAGAUGUAAACCACAAAACUCUCCCACUUGGAGAUUAUUUUCCUGAGCAUUUGGAGGAUGUUGGAAUUGGUGGAUUUGCGGAUACAUUUCAACAGUUCAGAUUUGCUGUGUACUUGUUGAAAAAUGCUUCCAAGCUUAAGCGAUUAGUCAUCCAGCGACCGCCUUUGCACAUUGCUACCGAAAGACAGCAAUCUCGGCAUAAUGAACGACGUCAAUCUAUCUAUAAACGCCUUUCCGCCUUUUCUAGAGAUGUAGAGUUGAUUGUCCGAUGAAACAUUCAUCAAUUCUUUUGUUCAUUUUAAUUAGUAUCUAUUCGGUGUUUAUAUAUCUAAAAGUUGAUGAAUAUUAAAUUAGU